AUGAUUCGGCGCUGCAUAGGAUGGUGCUGUGAUCCUCUAUGUUGUGUCUUCGAUCUUCGGAGGCCAUGUUCUUGCCCUCAUGGGAAGUGCUAUACAAUCAUGGCAGUGAUCUUGGCGGUAGUAGCCUUUGUUUCCGGGAUCUUUUCCAUCCGACACUGUUUCUUUUUUCAAGUGCAGCUACAGAACCUGGAGACGGGAGAACCGAUUGAGUUCACCAUGAGGGGGUAUGGUUACUUUUCUCGAGAAAUCGAACCGGGUGAGGAACCAGAUUACCAGAAUUGCCGAGCCUACACCGUCUUGGAGGAACAAGAAACCUUCAACGAUUGGUGGUUCCACUACGGACAGUUCUUUAAUACCCUUGCUUUGGCUUUGGGUGGAUUGGGUAUGCUCAUUAUCGCCACUACCUGCUGCCUGGCCUUUCAUACCCACAUGUUUGAAAAGCUGCUUUUGUGGAUCUAUUUGCUGGCUGCCAUCUUCCAAGGACUUGGAUUCUUGGGAUUUGGAACCAACUUUUGUUCGACUCACAUUUGCAAGAUUGGACCAGGUACCGCCAUGGCCAUUUCGGCCUUUUUUAUGUGGCUUACGGUAGCCAAUACAGUCAAGAGUACGCCCGAAGCCUUGCCUCCAGAAGAGCUUGCCGACGACGAUGAUCCGUAUGACAGUGACGACGAUGAUAUGUACUACUAUGAUGAUGACAAAGUGGAACAGUAUUCUGAUUAUGAGAGUGACGAUGAAUCCGAUGAUAGUGGUAGAAAGAAGAAGAAAAAGCGAGAUCACGACGACGAUGAAUCCGAUGAUGAGGAAAGCGAGUUCGACCCCAACCGUAGCCAAGCCAGUUCGACCAAACCGGAGAUCGUUUGA